AUGCCUGCAGGGACCAACAUCUCCAGCGUGGCCACCUCCAUGGGGAUAGCCCCUGGUAACAACGUCCCCCCAGGCAGCAACGUCCUCCUCAACCCCUCUGUUGACCACCAGAAUCAAGGCCUUGGGGAGCCAGAUGGGGACAUCGAAGUCACUGAGGAGAUGCUCCUCAAAGAGGCUCUAAGGCUCUUUGGUAUGUCCGAGGACAUGGAGGGGGUCAUCCAGGACGCUCCCAGCAGCGUCACCAUGACUGAGGACCCUGGUGUCACCAUUGGAAAGGAGAAAACACUAGUCCCAGCUGCCCCAGAAUUGCCAAAUUCCAUCCCUGGCUAUGAGAACAUUGAGGGGGUGUCUGCUGGCAUCAACAUCUCCAGAAUGGCCAUGUCCACAGGGACACCUCCAGACACAAAUAUCCCCCAGGGAAGCAACAUCCCUCCCAGCCCCUCUGUUGACCACCAGAAUCCAGGCUUUGGGGAGCCAGGUGGGGACAUUGAAGUCACGGAGGAAAUGCUCCUCAAAGAGGCUCUAAGGCUCUUUGGUAUGUCUGAGGACAUGGAAGGGGUCAUCCAGGAUGGUCCCGGGAGCAUCGCCAUGCCUGAGGAUCAUGGUGACACCAUUGGAAAGGGUAGAACAGAUGCCCCAGACUUGCUGAGUUCCAUCCCCAGCAACAAGAACAUCAAGGGGGUGUCUGCAGAGCCCGACAUCCCCAGUGCAGCAACCUCUGUGGGGACAACCCUGGGAAUUAACAUCCCCCCAGGAAGUGAUGUCCCUCCAAGCCCAUCUGCUGACCCCCACAACCAAGGCCUUGGAGACCUGAAAGACAGCCUUGUACAUUAUGAGGAGGUGCCUCUUGAGGAGGCCCUGAGGUUCUUCAGUUGCUAUGAGGACAAUGAGGGGGUCAGCCGAGAGGGUCCCAGCAGCAGUCCCAUGCCUGAGGACCCUGGUGGCACAGGCACAGACAUCCCCCUCUACGACUUCACCUCGCUCUCACUGCCCGAGGAGCUGCUCACCUGCGACUACAGUGUCCUCGAGAAAGCCAAAGUCAUCCAGAGCUUUGAAGACAUCAGCACGAUUGAGAUGGAGCCCUACGGGUGGUGGGCUGAUUUGGGGAUGGACGUGGAACCAUCCCAGCCUGCUGGUGCAGAAAUGAGGGGGACAAAGUAG